AUGACCGAGCGAUUCAGGCGCAGCGGCGACAGCAGCACAUGCAGGAGCGGCAGCAGCAGCAGCAGCAGGAGCAGCAGCGUUGGCACAUUCACAAGCUGCAGCAGGAGCAUGGGCUCGAGCCCUUGCCAGCAGCAUCUAGGCCGCAGCUAUGCCACCGCGUCGGCUGAGGGCAGCAGCACGGCCAGCAGCAGCAGCAGUAGCAGCAGCAGCAAGGCCACUUGCAGCAGCAGCAAGGUCCCCGCCGAGCCGGCGUGGAAGGCAUUCUUCGCGCGCCCCGGCCGCCGCAAGCAGCGCCCCGACGCGUGGCGCGAGCGGAUGCCGAGAAAAGGCGUCAACUUGGGCCGCUAUGGCGUCCUGCUGCGGCAGCACGACCCCGAGCGCUUUGAGCGGAUGCGGCUCGUCCUUGGUUACUAUGACCUGCCAGAGAACGCCCACCUGCGACGGCCGCCGCCUGUGAGGACGGCGAUGGUCAACAACCUCCAGACGCUGUUCUUCACGCGCGACGUGGACGCAUACUACGCGUGGGUGUGA